AGCAAAUACCAUGCACAAGUGGUUGCCGCAGCCUAGCAAAUGUCGUUCUCCACAGUGUGAGGCUUGAAUCAACCGUCCCUGGAUCGUUUCUUUUUGCAUGUGCUUCGGAUCAAGCGGCACUGCACCACUGGGAGCGACGUUGGCCCAUCCCCUCCGCUUGCUUCGACCCAUCCGCGCGACCGGCACUCACCUCAAUGGCCACGGUCAUGAUGCACGGAGAGUCGAUUUACAACCUGAUUCCGCCCAAGCAGCUGCUGCAGGAGCGACCGCCCAUGUACAAGUCGCAGCACGCUUCCCAGCUCCCACCGACGGCCACGACCUUUCCGACGGGCGGCACAACAUGUCCAGCUGUGGCCAAUGUGGGAGGCUAUUUGGAGCAGAAGCCCGUGGCAGAUAAGUCACACUCGACGUUCGGCAAGCCGAAGGGAUCUUAUACCGAUGAUCCUGCAAGCUUCUUGAAGAAGCAGGAACAUUCCGGUGGCAAGGUCUUGACUCUCAAAGAGAUGAAGAGGGACCAUCCGGAAGCCUUGGUCCCACAGCAAUUGAAGCCGCAGACCAGACAUGGGCCACCAGCCACCUCGGACAAGCCUGUGAUGAAUCUCGUCACCAGCAAGAACUUCAUCGUGGCCAAUGCGGUGGAGGUGAUCCUGGCGGCACCCAAAAAGGUUCCCGAAGGUACCAAGGACUACUUGAAGAAGGAGGACUACGGAAAGGUGCCAAAGUACUUGCAACACAUCAAGCAAGACAUUGAGAGGGAGUACCAGUAUAUCAGAGCUUUGCAAGAGCAGAGGGCAGCCGAAGAGGCGGAAAGAGUGCGUCCCAUGAGAGAAGAUGAGCAGCAAGAGGUGCUGGAAGGCUUGAAAUCGAAGUGGGAACAGGUGAAUACUGCCUAUCAAGGCGGUACUCAUGUGACAACCUUGGACACGAUGGGCAAGUUGAAGCGCAAGGAAAAGCAUGAAGCCGAGUUGUCACAGCUGGAGAAAGACAUUGAGAAGCUUGGCAAGAGAAACAUCCUCAUCAACUCUGAAGCAUGAGACGACAGAGACCUAUUCCGAGGACGAGAACAAAGCAUGCUCGUCCAAGCUUUCGUCCGUGCCUUUUCUGAGAAAAGGCCGGGUGAUGAGGCCAUAAACCAGGGCCAUCCAACCAUAUCAGAGGUGAUGGUUACACCCUCACACAGGGUUCUGGUGUGUUUUGUAUGUUGCGAUGCCUUUCUUAUCCUUUCUUCUUCGUGUUUUGUGAGGAUGUUCCAUGGUUGCCUUGCUAGUAGGAGGUUGCAAGUCAUCCUAUGCAAAGGAUGGGUCUGCAAACCGGGCCCAUCGGCGAGUCUCGAGUGUGAUUCAAGAGUUCUUGUUCACAGACACUCCCAUCUCUAUCUUCAGGGCUGUAGA